UGUAAAAACCCUAAAAAACAAGACCUAACCAUCUGCCCCCCCUCUCUUUUCCUUCUUCCUCCCCAAGCUUCACCAAAGCCUCUCCCAUGGCUACCUUUGCCCUUCCGUCUCCUUCCUCUUCACCCCGCCACACUCACACACACACACAUCAACACAUACACACACAUACACAGUGCAAAACCAGCUCCACCAUGAAUAACCAACGUUCAUGGCUGUUGCUUCCUCCUUCGUUCUUCGUCCAAACAGACCCUGCUGCUCCUCCUUCGUUCUUCGUCCAAACAAGACCCCGCUGCCAUUGCUUCAUCUUCUUCGUCAAGCUCGAGCUUGAGCUCGACACUCAUGGCUGCUGCUGCGUCUUCUUCUCCACCCCGUCGCACGCUGCUGUUUCUCCUCAUUCACGGCUGCGUUGAUGCUUCUUCUUCUUCGUCAUUGUCGUUGCUGCUCCUGCUACGUCCAGCCAUGGACGAGAUCCUCACUGCCAUGGCUGCGUCUUCAAGCUCGAGAUCUCGUCGCACCAUGGCUGCUGCUCCGCUCCUGCUAGGCUCGUCGCUACUGCUGCUCUGUCACUGCUGUUGCUCGAUGCUUCUUCUUCUCCAGCUUCACGCAGCCAUGGCUGCUUUGUUGUUGUUGCUCGAUGCUUCUUCUUCUCCAGCUUCGCGCGACCAUGGUUGCUUUGUUGCUGCUGCUUCAGUUCUCGUCGUCGCCAAACACCCCUCCAUCGAGCUUCGUCUAUUGUUUAAGUUUCCGGGCAGAUUCGAGUGAUUUUGGUGCAAUAAUUGUCUCCGGACAGAUUUGCUUUCAUUCAAGUUCUUCGUCAUUUCGAUCCGGUACACGACUGUAAUACUAGCUGUUGCAAGCUAAUAAUGUGGAAG